UGACGCAAACUCAGUCCGUGUCCAGUAUCCAGAGACGACUUGCUGUCCUGUCUUCUUGGCCCGCUGCUGAACCUGGCGUUUGUUUUCUUGCUGGCUCCUAGAAUAUAGAAAUCAAGAAUCUGGCCCGUCUUUGCCGUGCCUGCUGCCUGUUUACCUGGGCGUCCCUACUCUACCAAGCAGGCUUUUUUUUUACCGGUGCGAUGCUGGUGCACUCCCAAGCCAUGGGCCCGAAAACACCUCAAAAACAGCCGUGUGCCUGAACCCGCGAACCCGCAAACCCGCAAACUCGCAAACCCGCUUUUUUUUUUGGUGCGACUUGUGUGCCAUGCUCAGCGAAUCCGACGACACGCCUGCCGCGACUUUCCGGCCGCGGUUCAAGGCCAAGCGCAAGCCGGCCGCCAAUAAGCGACGGCUUCGGGAUAUGGACCAAGACGCGGCGGACACGCAGCCAGCGGAGAUUUCUGUAGGUGGGGCUUCUAGAGAGGGAGUGGCAGACCCACGCCGCUUGUCACGCUGGGCGCGCUACUCGGCCUUGGGGAAACUGGAAAGCAAAGCAGUGACGGGGAGAUCUUUGGAUGAGGACAAGAAUGGUGCCGCGGCAGACGACGAGGAUCUGGGUAGUGGGAGGGUGGAUUCCGGGAGGAUGGAGUCUCGGGGCACGGAUGCCAUGAGAAGGGAUGCUAUGAACAUGGACACUAUGAACAUGGAUACUACUAAAGUGGGUACUAUGAACAUGGAUACUAUUGGAGGGAAUACUAUGAACAUUAACUCUAUGAACAUGGAUACUACUAAAGUGGGUACUAUGAACAUGGACACUAUGAACAUGGAUACUAUGAACAUGGAUACUAUGAACACGGAUUCCAUGAGAAUGAAGUCUAUGAACACGGGUGCUUUCAACACGGAAACUAUGAACAUGGACACUAUUAAAGAGGGUACUAUGAACAUGGACACUAUUGGAGUGAGUACCAUGAACAUCAACUCGAUGAACAUCGACACUACGAAUCUGGCGCCUGCAGAUCUGGCGACACCGGCGGCGCCCCUGUCCUUCAUAAACAGCCCGCCCUCGGCCCAAAACACAUUUGUGCUCCGCCACUCGCAUUUCAGAGACACGCCCGUGUUGGUGCCCCUGGGACCCGAGUAUGCAGAUCGCUACGGAAACGUGCUGGACGACGAUGUCCCUCAGGUCAUCGAUCCGGCCGCCAGCGACGACGACAUUGCCCUCGACGCGUUUGGACAGCCCAGCCCCGCAGACCAUGCCCCUGAUUUGCACGACAUGUACGACCUGGACAUUUCCGUGGACGACGUCCUGCGCCGUGCGGACAUGCCGGACAUUCCGGGGCCGGCCGCCGUCUUGAGUGGCCUUGCCGAAAAGGUCUCCCUGCUAGAGAUGAGCAUACGUCUGAGGCGCGAGAGACUGCUGGCCUUGGCGGCCUCUUUGGCCGAGCUCCAGGAUGCAAGACAAGAUGCGCUUGGGGCUCUAUAGCUGGGUUCUGCCGGAGAGGGGAAUCUCUCAUAUACAGAGCCGCCUGGCACUCC